CCUGUUCUGGAACUAGGUCCCACGCUGUUGUUUGUAAAGGUGAGCCAAGGGAAGGAAGACACGCGGAGGUUUUAUGCCUGCUCGGCCUGUCGAGAUAGAAAAGAUUGUAAUUUUUUUCAAUGGGAAGAUGAAAAGUUGUCAGGUGCUAGACUUGCUGCCCGAGAAGCUCAUAACCGAAGAUGCCAGCCUCCUCUCUCCCGAAUGCAGUGUAUGCAAAGGUAUUUGAAGUUCAUUGAGUUGCCGUUGUCUCAGAGAAAGUUUUGUCAAAGAUGUCAGCAGUUGCUGCUGCCAGAUGACUGGGAGAAGCAUCGUGAGCACCAGGUCAUGGGGGAUAUUUCUGUCACCCAGUUAAAAAGGCCCAGUCAGCUCCUUUCUCCGUUGGAAAACAAGAAGACAAAUGCGCAGUAUUUGUUUGCUGAUAGGAGCUGUCAGUUCUUGAUAGACCUACUUUCUACCCUUGGGUUCAGAAGAGUGCUGUGUGUUGGAACACCAAGGUUGCAUGAGCUGAUCAGGUUGAAAGCAUCAGGUGACAAGAAGCCUAACAUUAAAAGCCUUUUAUUGGAUAUUGAUUUUCGGUAUUCGCAGUUUUAUAUGGAAGAUAGCUUUUGCCAUUAUAACAUGUUUAACCAUCACUUCUUUGAUGGAGAGGCUGCCCUUGAAGUAUGCAGAACAUUUUUACAGGAAGAUAAAGGUGAAGGAGUCAUUAUGGUGACAGACCCUCCUUUUGGUGGCUUGGUUGAACCUCUGGCUGUUACAUUCAAGAAGCUAAUUGCUAUGUGGAAGAAAGGUCAAAAUCAAGAUAACAAUCACAAAGAACUACCCAUUUUCUGGAUUUUUCCUUAUUUUUUUGAAUCCCGAAUUUGUCAGUUUUUUCCAAGCUUCCACAUGCUGGACUACCAGGUAGAUUAUGAUAAUCAUGCACUUUAUAAACAUGGAAAGACAGGUCGGAAACAGUCUCCUGUGCGUAUUUUCACCAAUAUUCCACCCAACAAAAUAAUUCUUCCUGUGGAAGAAGGGUAUAGGUUUUGCCCUCUGUGUCAACGAUAUGUUUCUCUAGAGAAUCAACACUGUGAGCACUGUAAUUCGUGCACAUCCAAGGAUGGCAGGAAAUGGAACCAUUGCUUUCUCUGCAAAAAGUGUGUAAAGCCUUCCUGGAUCCACUGUAGCAUUUGCAAUCACUGUGCUCUUCCCGGUCAUUGUUGCGAGGGCCCUAGAGACGGCUGCUUCAUUUGCGGUGAAUUAGAUCACAAACGUAGUACUUGUCCUAACAUCUCUGCAGCUACAAGAGUUAGCAAAGCUGUCAGAAAGCAGAAGCAGAGAAAAAGUAAUAAGAUGAAAAUGGAGACCACUAAAGGACAAGCAAUGAAUCAUACAUCUGUUACAAGGAAGAAGAAAAGGAGGGAAAGAGCCCUCAAUAUCUUUGCUCUUAAAUGUCCAGUGACUUGAGAAUAAGAAAGAUUUAUAGUCCAACCUUUGAUGCCAUUUUCUGAAAGUGCCAUGCUGGACUUAAAUUCUGUCACUUUCAAAGGUGUGCACCGUUCUAAGCGAGGUAAUAGGCAGGUGGUAUUUGCUGGUUAUAGACCCGCAGCAGUGUCUCUGGAGACCUGGUAAGUUGUUCCAUCCUUAGCUGGUUUACCAGCUCUGUCUCUCGGUGUCUUUUUUCUCGCUUUAACUCCCUUCCAAUCAUAUUAUUUUAGCCUCUUUUAUCUGAAAAGUAUGUGUACAGCAUUCUUUUGCAGAAUCAGAAGAAAAUGAAAAUCUGAGGUUUUGUUUACUACAUUACAUAAGAAUAUGUUAAGAUAAAUGUUUUAAAUUAAUGUUAACAUAUUGUACAAUGGCUUAAACCCCACUUGUAAAGAGAAGUACAAUUUUUUUCAGACAGAAUCUGAAAAUGAUGGAAAGAAUUUUGACAAAGGAAGUCUAAAGAUAUAAAGAUUAUAAUUAUGGUUACAUUAUUAUUAAAUAUUUAUUUUUAAGUACUUUUUGCAAUUGUCCUUUGAUGGAAUAGAAGCACCUAAAUGUUUGUUGAAUGAAUGAGGUAUUUAGAAUUAGGACUUGCUCCAUCAUCUCGUCUUUUAACCUAAGCAGUAAGUUUCUCUCUUUAUAUAAGGAGUGCAGAAGGCAGAAUAGUUUGGUGAUUCAAUCUCCUUAUUCCUUUUUUGACUAACACUUCCUGGCAUUAUAUCCUUGGCCAGGUUAUUCACUAUUUAUUUAUUUAUAUAUUUACAUAUUUAUUUCCCUUCAAGAUAGAUAUUAUUAAUAUCCACUUUUUACAGUUGAAGACAUUGAUUCUUGGGUAUCUAAAGUAAUAGUCUCAUACUUUGGAAAGUUGGUAAAAGUGGUUGACUUCAGACAUAAACAUGAGAAUCUACCUCCCAGAGAUUUUGCAGUUUACAUUCACAGUGAUGUAAAGAAAUUAGAUGAAAAAUAGGACUGAUCCUUAACAAUAAAAAGAGACACAGUUACUAGGUCUUGGGAGAAAUUUGAGACAAACUUCUGGGAAGUCUUGCAUGAGUGGAUAGGCUGACGCUCUAUCCACUGAGCCAAGCUGGCUAGGGCCAUUUAUGCUUUUUUUGAGGUGCUUAGCUCAUGCCUUGUAUUAGAACACUUUGUGUACUUGUUUCCCUUGUAGUUUUAGCUCAUGGGUGACAGGGGCCUGUGGGCAUCACUUGUACUGUGCAUAUGGCGAUGUCAGACACAGCUGACUGUGUGGCAUGUGUGAUCUCUUUAUUCCUCCCUACAACCUUGGGAAGCAUACGGCCAGGCUAACACAUUCUUCACCCUUCAACUGGUAGCUGCUCAUAAAUACAUAUUGAGUGACUAGGAAUGCCAUUUAAUAUGCUGCUUUAUGCCUCAGAACCCUAACUGCUACACGAGUAAGAAGCUAAUAUGCUCAGAGCUGCGUAGGUAAGGAACGCUUGCACAAAAUGCAAAGGAAAAUCCAAUUUCACUGAUUUGGUACAGUUUUAAUUAGAACAUUGGGGCAUGGGUUAAAUUACUUGAGGGUCAACUAAGAAGGGCAUUGCAAUCAAUAAAGUGAAGAUAAGAUCUCUACUAUUUGAUUUCAGGCAAUUCAGUAUAAAUGUUAACUCAGCAAAACUGAGGGAAAGUAAGCAAGCAGAUCUCAGAGCUCUGAGAGGUGAGUUUUAUCCCAUUAGUGGGACAGUUGAGAUUUUCACACUGUUUAGUUGCUGCAAAGCCCUGCAGACUGGAAGUGUAGCAUCUGGUGGUCUCAGCCUGAAUAGAUAGGCCAGCUUCUUCAUUUGCAAAUUGGAGGUGAGGAGUGACAGAAAGCUAGAAUAGCAGCCUAAGCAUUCCACAUGCUUAGAGGGCAAAGGAAACAAAGGUUCCUGCCUGUUAACGUUGCAAUAGAUGGGCCAGAUAAAUCUAAGAAAAUGCAAAGCAACUCUCAUCCUGCCACCCAGAAAUCAGCACUGUCACAGCUUCUGCGUAUGUUCUUCCAGGGAUAGACUCUUGUAUAAGUAGCUAUACAGACAGGUGCUCUAAAAUUUCUCCCACAACAAUGAAAUUGUAAAUGCAUAUUAUUGUGUGAUACUCUUUUUUCAUAAACAUGUUGUU